AUGAAAGAGUUGGAUAACGAUGAAAAAGACUUGUUUUUUGUGUCAGCUUACUAUUAUGGGAAUGAGUAUAGUCUCUAUGAAAAUCAGGUUUCUCUCACAUUUAUCGCCCCUCGAGAUGCUCAUUGGGAUCGUCGUAAAAUAAUAGUAAUUCGGAGUAAUGGAUCAACAUCAGUACUUGAACCAAUGAAAGUUCAUCGAGCAACUCCUCACAAUGUUUGUAAAUUUGUUACUCUUGUGGGUACAGUAACCCUAAAGGACGAUUUGAUGGAUUUGGAGAUUUUGGUGAAUAGAAAUAUUGCUGGGAUACGGUAUUUACCAGCAGAUAAUAAGCAAAGAGAUCUGGUUGUAUGCACACCUCCGAUAUAUAAUAAUGUCGGAUGGCAGACAUUCUUCGAUUUCUUGGAAGAAUUGAAAAGAAGGAAAGGAAUCUCAAUGAAUGCAUUUCCCGAUUUCUAUGGAAACUCAAAACUGAAUGAAGUGGAAUUUGGAGGGAUUACUGUAGCCAAUUCAGACUGUUUGAGUAAAUAUAAAAGUUCUGCCAGUUUCAUCACAUUUUUGGAAUGGAAUGAGCUAGUUUUGCCAAAAUCAUUCAAUUCCUAUUUCUCUGAGUUUGCCAACUUUUUUGAAUCAGAAAUAUUCGUUGGUUUAUUGGAAUUUCGAAAUUCGAAAGGGAUAUCGAAAGUGGUGACUCGACCAUUGCUGAUCAGUAGUGUGUGGUUGAAUGAACCAGUUGAAAGACCGUUUAAAUUGAAAAGUAAACAAAUGGAUUCGAAUAAAAUUUACGAAAUCAGUGUUUCUGAUGACGUGGAUUCGAUGAUACGUGGUGAUUUCCCAGGAAGCGAUAUUUUGAAAAUGGAGGAUCGACGUGCGAUUGGAUUAGGAAUAAGGAAGUUAGUUGAAUUAAUAUACUUUAUUGGAUUCACAUCGAUGUGGCCUUAUUAG